AUGCAAUCAGUAUCGAAGCGCGACAAGAAGCGCGCCCAGGACCGCAAUGCGCAGCGGGCGGCACGUCAACGCACCAGGAACAGGCUUGAACAGCUCGAGGAAACCAUCGCGCGCAUGCAGAGGGAUGGCGACCGACACCUGGAGGCUGAAGUGGAGCGCAUGCGCAAAGAACGGGACCACCUUGGGAAACUAGCUGAUCAGAUGGUUGCCAUCGCAGGCGCAGUCAAGACGACGGUGAGCCACAAUGAAACUGGGCUUAUGGACCAUCUUUUCGACAACUACGAGGCUCUUCGCUCCGAUUCGGCGACGGCGACGGCGUCGGAGCUCGACGACACGCAUGUUAUACUUAAUGGUAUCCUGAACGGCUGGGACAUGCCCGUUGCAAGCCACGAGGAGCCCAUGCGCCGGUUAAUGGCCCAGCUACACCGCCACUUCAUGACCCAGCGCCCAAUGGCCAGGCCCGUGGACCAGCUCGCCGUCUUGUGGCUGGUCCAAUUGUCCGUGCUGUUUCUUCUCGGCGACAGCCAUUCGAGCCAGAUACCGGGCUGGCUGCUGCCCGUUCCGACCCAAACGUGCAUUCCGCAUCUCGUCUCAGUAGACAUGUUGCCAUGGCCCAAGCUGCGCGCCUUCUUGCUAUCGAAGCAAACGCACAACGAUGCUGCGAGUCCCGAGUCUCAGCGCUGCGAGUCAUUCGCCAUCAAAACCCUGCGUCAUCUCUACUUCCAACCUACAAUCAACUUCGAAGAGGCCUACGUCGCUCAUGCUGUAGCCUCGGAACCCGAGUGCUGCCAGCCGCGCAGGAGCCGUCUCGCGAUAAGCCCUCGCUUUCGGCAGCUGUUCUUCCAGCCCGACUGCAGCCCCUUCGCCGUCGAUCCGGCUCUACCCCACGAGUUCCCAGAGGUACGCGGCCUAGUGCCCGAGUACCAAAUGCCAGCAACGGCGGAGACAAAGGUGCCUACAGUAUCCGUACUGCGGCCCAGCCUCUUCUCACCGCUAGCUAGUGGCCCUGGUAACCACUCAGAACCGCUGAUUUCUACGAGAACAACAACAAGAUCUAAUGCCGACGGCUCGCCAUACCUUACGAACAACCAUAGGCAUGGAUCCAAUACCCCACCGCAGCUGACAUACCCCGACCAAACUCAUCAGCACCCGUCCGGCGCCGCCGCCGAUGCUAUUACGGCAGAUCUCUUCGACGAGACCUUGGAUUUACCGGCUUUAGAUGCUGCGGGGUAUUACACGCUCGCAGGACUCCCACAUGCCACCACGCCGAGCCUUCAGAGCGGCGAUCUUGGACUGGAUUUGUUGAAUGAUGGUGGACCCCACUAACAACUUGUCUUUUCAAUCAUGUAACGGCAAUAAUAAGCAGCUCGGAGAUGCAGUGCAGAAUGUCUCCUAGGGGAGAUGAAACAUAAUGCCAGCAAUAGCAAGACUGUUGUAGUUUUUGACACAUUGGACAUUUCCGGGAAAAGUUACAAGACGGCCUCUCUUACUUCACAUAAAACUCCAGAUUCCUAAUACGUCUUUGUCCCAAAAAGUGCCCAAC